AGAGAUGAGACUCGCUGCUGCAAGUGAACAGGGACUCAUAAGUUCUCAGCAUCCGUGUAGCUUCGCCAAGAAGCCCGAGAGAGCAGCUUUGCAGGGCGCACGGACUCUGAGAGGAGGAGAAGAGGAAAGCGGAAGGAUGCUGAUCCGAGCGGAGCCGGGAGCUGCAGCUUCACCUCAUCAGCGCAAACGCUGGAUCCUUCUGUAACUUUUAGCGCGCUGAACUUUACCGCUGCUGCUGCUUCUCGCUCUACUCUGUCCGCUUUGGUUGAGUGCUGCUGCCCGUCAGCCAUGGCUUCCUCACCGGUCCACAGUGCGCUCUUUCUGUGCGCCUUCCUCCAGCUGUUCUCCCUUCCCGGCGGACACGUGCCAAACUGCCAGGAGGUGCGCACAGUAUUUCAGUCUCUGCACCCGGGGUCCAAGUGGGUCCCCGAAACCCCAGUGUCAGGUGCAGAUCUGCAGGUUUGCCAAACCAAAGGCCCGACCUGCUGUUCCAAGAAGAUGGAGGAGCGGUAUCAGGUAGCCGCGCGCAGCAAUAUGGAGUCUGGUCUGCAGGUUGUCAGCGCACAACUCAAACGUCUCAUCAUCCAGAACGCCGCGAUAUUCCAAGAGGCCUUUGACCUGGUGCUGCGUCACGGACGUAACUCCACCCUGACGAUGCUGAAGUCAGAGUUCCCGACUCUCGCGAGUGGUGCCCAGAGCUCUGUGGGGCAGCUGUUCCUGGACAUGUCGCUUUACAUCCUUGGCUCGGACUCCACAGUUGACCACAUGGUGGCGGUGCUCUACGGCCGCCUCUUUCCCCUCACGUACCGCCGCCUGCUGGGAGGCAGUGGCACCUCAGUGUCCGAGGAGUGUGUAAGAGGAGCUUGGAAGGACUCGGGAGCGUUUGGCCCUUAUCCUAAACUGAUGAUGACUCGACUCUCUCGCUCCCUUCUGGCCACACGAGUCUUCCUGCAGGCGCUGAACCUUGGUAUCGAGGUCGUCAACACCACAGACCAUCUGCGGCCCGGCCGAGAGUGCAGCCGGUCCCUGCUGAGGCUGUGGUAUUGCCCGCACUGCCAGGGCAUGCUGGGGCCGCCGGCCUGCAGAGGCUUCUGUCAAGCAGUGAUGCACAACUGCCUGGGGGGAGCUGCAGAAGUGCAGCCUCAUUGGAGGAGCUAUAUAGAUGGACUGGGGAAGUUGGCUGGUGCCAUGAGGGGAGAGCAGGAUAUGGAGGCUGUUGUUCUUAGACUGCCCACAAUGAUUAAACUGGCUCUCAAACACGCCGUGAAUACCCGCAGCCACCUCAACACCCUGGUGAGCGGGAUGUGCGGACACACUCCUCAGCGGGCCUCUCGCUCCGUCGGAUCCCCUCCGUCCCAGCCUCCUGCCGCCUCCGCCGCAGCCCGUGGGGCUCAGCCGUCAUCCUCGGACCCCGACGAGACGUUGGCAGACCUCCGCAGGGACUUCAUAACCAGCCUGAGAGGCUUCAGCUCCUUCUACAGUGGUCUCGGGGAGGCCUUAUGCAGCCGCGAGCCUGCUCCAGCGAACCACUCCCUCUGCUGGAACGGGCAGGAGAUGACAGACAGAUAUCCUGGGCCCGGCCUAAAACGACUGCACCCCAGCUCAGAGUCCAGGAGCAACAAGCCGCCGGAGCCGGUCAUCAGCCAGAUCAUAGACAAACUCAAACACAUCAACCAGUUGCUGCAGAUUGUGACGGUGUCUGAGAAGCGCUGGAGAGCCCGGUCUCGUGGAGCAGGAGCGGACGGGUGGACCGAUGAGGGGGAGGAGGAAUUUGAGAGCGGCGACUGCGACGACGAGGACGAGUGCGCAGGGGUGUCGGGGCUGGGGCCGCCGCCACGACGCAAGCGGUUACGCAUCUUUGCAGCGAGUCAGAGCGAUCGCAGUCCAAAGCAGAGAGGUGGUUUACGUGACUGCUGUGCAUGUUGACACCAACGUGACACUAUGUGGCAGGAGACAUGAGACUUCCGCAGGUAGCUGCCUCACCUCCACCUCGUGACCUGCCGUCAAUCUUGUGAAAAACGUCAGAUGUACGCUGUGAAAGCCAAACAGAGAACAAAAAAAAGGCCACAAACAGUUGGAAGAAAAGAAACCAAACAGAAGAAGAGGGAGAAAACAGCCAGGGAGCAGAAACAAGAGGGUUCGAUACACUGAUACAAAGCCAGCGCAGCUGAGCAAACACAGCAGUGGGAGUAGUCCUCCUGUCUGGGAUGUUGUGGCAGAGAUUUGGGUUUGCCGGGCAGGGAGCGAGAGCAGGAACCCAGGGUUCACACAGGAAUCCUGCAGGGCCAUCGCUUCCAGCGGGCUGGGCCGUGAGAGCCUGAUGCCCUCUCUUAAACGCUCCCGUCAGCCUUUCUGUGCAGCUCUGCUUCAUUGCAGCUCCACUUAUAUCUCGUAAAUUUCUAGAUUAGGUAUGUGUGCACCUCAUGGUUGCAUGCAUUUGUGUUUGCCUGUUUGCACCGGCCUCUAUGCAAGUCAGUAAUGUUUGUAGACCUUGAGAAGUCGCUGCUUAUUGGCAGAUGCACAGAUAGCUGCUGAUAGCCUGUGAUGACCUAGCAAAAUGCUGACCCCACACGGCCUCUCGGUCCAUUCUGGUCAAACGGGGGACUGGAGUUCAAAGGUUAACCUGCAGAGCAGAGGGGCCUAAUGGCCUGCUUGUCUGUGCUCUGCUGGUCUGAGAUGGACGAGGCAGAUCGGAUUUCACAAAGCCUGGUAAGCGAUCAAUGGUGUGACACACACGCAUACCCACACAAGCCGUGGGGAAAGGUGACAGAAGCCACAACAACAAGGUGCAGACAGGCAGGCCUAAGCCACCAACGUGGUCAGCUGUCAGCCUGGUGACCAGAGCGAGGCUGUUACCAAACGAGUGUAACGAUGGAUCUCUCCUCACUGACUCUGCGCAGAUUCCAUAACCUUCUGACAACACAUACGCAGACGGACACGCUUCCCCUCCCGAGCCAAUCAAACCUCCGCGCUACACAUUCCCCAGAACAUUCCAGUCCGGGGGAGCUAUUCCAGGACAGGGACACCCCACCACCACCUGCCCCACCACCCACCUCCAUACCUCCAGAACCAAACUGGUUGCAAAUUACAUACCAAAGAAUCUCUGUACCAUGACCUGAGGUGAUGUUAAAAAAAAAGAAAACAGCAUUAAAUUUGCAAAUCAUUUAAUGAUGCAAAUGUUGCAUUUGUGGGGUUCUGGAUACAUUGUUAUGAUCACUGUAUUUACAGAGAGAUGUAUUGAAAUGUGAAAACAUAAAUGGAAACACAUUAUAUAAGGUAAGAGCUUGAACAUCAGUCCAAAUCUGUUAACACAAACUGAAUUUUCUUAGUCAAGGUUCUGGUCCUUAAGUAGUCUGUAUCGUGACAGAGCCUCCACCGUGCUUUACCAUAAAGUAAAACUACCUAAUGUUUUACUAUAAGGACUGGAUCCAUCUCUCACAUCCUGUGUCAUAUGUGUUCAGAUACUGUUCAUAGGCUGCAGACAGUUUUCAGGGCUGACACUUCUUUUUUUAUCCUCCACGUGUCCUGUAUCCUCAAACUUUUAAAGGACAAACUGCACAACACCAUGAAGUUUUCAGCUAAUAGCUCUUUAAAAAUACAGUUUUAUACCUCUCAUGAUAACUGUAUUAUCAUUUGCACAUUUUUUGGAGAUUGAAUUAAAGAAAUGCAAACACAUUAUAGUGCAGUAAAUAAUGAUUUGAUCUCCUGCUGAAUUUGGGCACACAGCCAGUCUGUGGAGCCAGAAUUUUGGUUGAGUUCACUCAAUGACAUGGAAAUCAAUUUAUAACUUUUUUUUGUGUUCUUUUCAAAUUCAUCAUUCAAAUUAUUUCCCCCCACUGUGUGUAUCUUUGUAACAGGCUGGCAGCAACAAAGUGCCUCAAGAUACAGUUAAAAAUCAGUUCUUUGCUAUGUUUUCUGUUAUGUGUAGACAUUAAGCUGGUUCAUCUCUUGAGUUAAGCUCCUUUUUUAUACUUGAAUAAAUCCUAAGUCAGUGUUAAGUGUCUUAACAACCAAGCAAAACAAAACAAGACAAAAAUCAUACUUCUGAAAAUGGUCAGGUACAAGUAAUGGACUGAAGAAAAUUUUAAAGAUGACUUUAAAAUGACUAAAAAGGCUCCUCGGAAGGAAAAUAUGAAGAAAUGAUGGAAGUCUUUGCACAGUACUGUACCUAUGAAUAGAUGUGUGUUUGUAAACAUAUGAAGCUUUGUUGAAGUCCAGUAAAAUGGGAUUCUAUAUGACAUGUCUUUACCUUUAUGAUGAGGGCUCACCUGUGUUUCUGUGCUUUCAUGCACACCUGCUCUCUGACUGUAUGGCCUCUAUGAGAAACAAAGGAUGUUUCGCCAUCUCUGCAAAAACCUGCUCACAGAUUCCUCUCAAAGCCUCUCUUCAUUGCCUGAGCCUCACAUUUUUUUUCUCCUGUUACCACCUGGUGCUAAAAAACUUCACAAAAACAUCUGCUAAUACACACUCAUUUACUGCAUAAAGUCUUACAAUUUGCAGAAAAAAAGUUAAAUAGUGAAAAGGGAAUCAUUUGUUUCCAGCUGAGUGUGGAAACCCAGUGAAAUACAGCAGAUAACUCCCACUACGAUCAAGGUAAUAUUUCAUGGUCCAGUCAGUACACAGUGGGAAAAGGUGUGAUUCCUCCAGAGAAGUGGCUAAGAUGAUCACACAAUGUUAAUCUGCUUUAAGAAAAGGUGUUUUUUUUUGUGGCACAAACUGGACUGCUACUAAACAACCUGCAAAAAUGGCUUUUCGAUGCAGUUUGGAAACAUUCGGUAGUCUGCAAGUAAACGGUGUGCUCUGCUUUGGCUCAGCAGCUCAGAUCCCUGCCUCAUGUGUUUUCUUGCUGAGCUGGACGGGCUUUUGCUCGCUAUGCUCAGCGGGAGCCACGUGAAUAGACCUCUUGUUAUGUUCCCGAGCUCAGACAU